ACUGAAUGACACUUAAAAAUAACAAAACGGGUAUAUAAUUUGGGGUGAGAGAGGGAGAAGCGAGGAGGUGGUUCCAAUUAAAAGCAGACAAAACUAUCCUGUAAUUUUUAGCACGAUAUAUUAUUUGAUUAUUUUGCUCGUCUUCGUCCAAUUGAAGCUUGAGAAAGAAUUGCGAUGGUAACAACAGUAGCGGGAGUUAGUAUGGGAACAACAGCAAUAGGGGCAGCAGCAGCAACUAUGAGUCGACCGUUUAAGAUGACGAGAAUCAGGAAGAAGAAUUACGUCAGCACUAUUUUUCAGCAACAGCAUCAUCAUCAUCUUCGUCGUCGUCAGCAAAAUUCUGAACUGAAAUUGAAGUUUGGAGAAAGCAGCAGCAGCAGCAGAAUAGUUAAUUUUGGUAAAGUUGAAUUGGGGGAAAUUGGAAGAAUUAGAAAUUUCCGUCAAUUUCACUGCAAAGCAAUUGAUCAAACCCAAAACGUCUUUCAAGGUGUUUACGGUCCCUGGACUAUUGACACGUCCGACGUUCGUGAGGUGAUUUUAUAUAGGUCUGGACUUGUGACGGCAGCUCUCUCCUUUGUUCUUGCCUCUUCAACAGCUUUUUUGCCUGGUAACUCUUUGUUAAGCGACAUCCUCAAGCAGAAUUUAGAUCUAUUCUAUCUGUUGGGAUCCACUGGACUGGGUUUGUCAUUAUUUUUGAUUCACAUCUAUGUAACUGAAAUCAAGCGGACCCUGCAAGCACUUUGGGCCUUAGGUACCGUUGGUUCAUUAGUCACUUAUACUGCCCUUGCUCAACCAGCUGGUGAAGGCUUGGUGCAAUAUGUUGUUGAUAACCCAACUGCUGUCUGGCUUGUGGGUCCUAUUUUUGCUUCUCUCACGGGACUGGUUUUCAAAGAAGGCCUCUGCUAUGGGAAGUUGGAAGCUGCUGUCCUUACGUUUAUAAUUCCUAUCAGUCUUCUUGGACACCUGACUGGCAUAUUAGACGAUGCAGUGAAAUUGAGUCUCCUGGGUGUGUGGAUGGCACUCUUUAUUAUUUUUGCUGGAAGGAAGUUCACUCAACCUGUAAAGGAUGACAUAGGUGAUAAGUCUGUAUUCAUGUUUAAUGCUCUUCCGGAAGAGGAGAAGGCAGUUCUGCUUGAGAAGCUUAAUCAGUGAAGGUUUUAGUUCACAUCUACCUUGAGACCUAGCUUCCUAAGCAAUAAUCUUUGUGAAUUUUGUAAGUAUUUCAACCAUUUUGUUGGUCUGUAACUAACUUACUAUAUACAGUACCAUCCAUGAAAUUUUAAGCAUGGUAUCGGUGUCUUGCUGUUGAAAAUUAAUAUAUAUUCUUCACAAAUAACUUCCUAAUUGUAA